AAACUAAGCAAGUCACUGCAUUUGCGAGAGCUGUGACACCAUGAGAAGUAUUUUUUCUGUCCUUUUACUGGCCCUUUGCUCAGUUAUAGCUGCAGCUGAUGCAUGGAACAGUUAUGACACAACAACUCCGGACAGCUGGUCCUGGAUGAGGGCGUAUUAUCAGCUAACUACUCAAGAUCCCUACUGGUCCUGGAGGAGGCCGUAUACCCAGACACCAACUAAAGAUCCCUACUGGUCCUGGAGGAGGCCGUAUGCCCAGAUACCAACUCAAACCCCCUACCGGUCCUGGAAAUGGCCGUAUCACCAAACACCAACUCAAACCCCAUACUGGUCCAGGAGGAGGCCAUAUUACCAGACACCAACUCAAGAUCCCUACUGGUCCUGGAGGAGGCCGUAUACCCAGACACCAACUCAAGAUCCCUACUGGUCCUGGAGAAGGCCGUAUGCCCAGAUACCAACUCAAACCCCAUACUGGUCCAGGAGGAGGCCAUAUUACCAGACACCAACUCAAGAUCCCUACUGGUCCUGGAGGAGGCCGUAUACCCAGACACCAACUCAAGAUCCCUACUGGUCCUGGAGAAGGCCGUAUGCCCAGAUACCAACUCAAACCCCAUACUGGUCCAGGAGGAGGCCAUAUUACCAGACACCAACUCAAGAUCCCUACUGGUCCUGGAGGAGGCCGUAUACCCAGACACCAACUCAAGAUCCCUACCGGUCCUGGAAAAGGCCGUAUCACCAAACACCAACUCAAACCCCAUACUGGUCCAGGAGGAGGCCAUAUUACCAGACACCAACUCAAGAUCCCUACUGGUCCUGGAGGAGGCCGUAUACCCAGACACCAACUAAAGAUCCCUACUGGUCCUGGAGGAGGCCGUAUACCCAGAUAACAACUCAAACCCCCAACUGGUUCUGGGACAGGCCAAAUACUCAGGCACCAACUAACAUCCCAAACUUGUCCUGGAGGAGGCCAUAUUACCAGACACAAACACCAAAUUGGCAAAACCAAGGUAUUUCAAAGCCCACAAUUAGAGUGUUCCAGCAGGUGGAAAACAGAGAGAAUGUGAUGGUGAUGUGCAAGAUUGAAACGGACUGGUGGUUAAAAGCGUAUUUUUUACAGCUGUCAGUGAAGGGUGACAGUAAUUAUAUUCUGAAGAAGCCAACAUGCAUUACCAAAAAUGUGUGUAUGUUUAAUGUCACGGUGAGUCCACCUGUGACAUUCACCUGUGUGCACAAGAUGGACAAAUAUUGGAAUGGCGAGGACAGGUUUAGUGAGACCUACAUGUACAGUCAGCCUGUCUUGGAUUGUCACAAGGAAGAAAUAUCUUCAUCCUACAUUGGCUUUUCCUCCUUCAUUGUUGUUGGUCUCAUUAUAAUUACUGCUGCUGUAAUAGUGGCCACCAUGAGGACCAAAGCUAAAGGGUCGGCAUUGCCAGUCAACAAUGACUACAUAUAUGUAUGAAUAAUCUGGCGGGUUACUGAAGAGGAGAAUACAUAAAGGAAAAUUUAAAUAUCAACGCAUGAGUCAUAUUAUUCUGAAAUGCAAUAUUAAUUCUAUAGAAAUCUAUUUUAUUAAGAUGUGUUACAUAUACAGAUUUUUUUAUAUAACUGUUGCAUUUUUGAAACAUCACGCUCAUUAUGUGAAUUUUAAAUGCUGCACUCCAAAAGUUACUAACAUUCAGAUUAUUCUAAUCAUUUUUGGUAGUGAAUGCCAAUGUUUUCAAUUAUUUUGACUUCUUCCGGUAGGAGGCAGUUGUGUGUCUAGCUUUGGUUUAUAUUGUCUGAGUUUUGAAAUGUAACACGUUCAAGAGAUUUUUGAAAUAUAAAGAUAGUUUUAUAUGCAUAAUUAAGAUCAUUUGCAUGCUUUAUGUGAGGAUGAGAAUUCAAUAAACCUUUAAAUGAUAAU